GAAACCAGAGUUUAAAACCCACAUGAGAUCUGAGUAAUCUGACAUUAAACCAAAUUAAUGACUGAAAAUGCUUAAAGCCUUGUAAUUUGUGGCUGGGUGCCUUUUUCAUUACUUUAUUUGCCCGUUCAGCAAGCCUUUCUUAAAAAAAAACACUGUUUUCAUUGGUCGUCUUCCUGCCAAAACAUGUCAAGAAAUACCUUCUGUGGAUUUUGAGGUCCAUCUACUGCUGAAUGCAGCAACAACCUUAGUUGGCAGAUUCUGUUACAUUUGAUAAGAAAAAUAACAGGCAUGUGUGCUUUUGUUCCACUCAAAGAUACUGCUUAUCUUAGCUAAAACACGUUUGUUGUUAAGGAAGUUUCUGGAAGUUAUUACAGAGGUUCUUAAUACCAUAGAUUUAAUUGGAUACUAAUAGGAUCACCCUCCCUCAAGAUUUAUAUUAAAAAAAACACUCCAAUUGCACAGUUUAAAAUAUCGAGGUUAGAAAAAGCUACAUUUCUUUUGCUGCAUUUCAAGAAGACAUAUCAAGCUAUUUUUCCCUGAACUAGGUAAAUAAAUAAAUGAGUUGGACAUUUCCAGGCAGGCAGAGAUGCAACAAAGACAAUUUUUUUUCCAACCUUUCCUUUAUCUAGAUUUUUAGCCUAUAUUGCGUUUAUUUUUAUUAUUUUGCUAUUUUUACUUGCAUUCUUCUAUCGUCUUUUUUAUGACGUUUUAACAACAUUUUAUUUUCCUGGACACCUUGCGUCGAACAUUUGGUAAAGUUUAGUUGCUUUCCAAAGUGCUUGUUUACGUUACAUGUUUUUUCAUGUGAUGUAAAUCUACCAAUUUACAUAUAGGGUAAAAGGAAAUCGCUGAUUUUGCCCAAAAAUUUAAAAUGUAUCAGAUUCAGAGUUGCAGCAAAAUGUUGCCACUUCCAGGCUUAUAUAAUUCCCAACAAAUGUCCUAUUUGCAUACAAGGGAUGAGGAAUCUAUUAGAAAGUAUUACAAUUUGCUGACACUAAUAAAAUAUACGGAUUCAAUCUUAAUUUACACAUUUGUGUGUCCCGGGAACGCACGUCGAACACAAAAUGAGGGGAACCUGGAGGGUUAAGGACAUUGUGCUUCAAAUUGAUGUAUUUUAAAACUAUUAAUCGCAACUAGUUGAGCGUAAACUUAAAUGUUUCCUCAAUUCGAAGAACCCCGAGUCAAACAGGUCUCCAAUAUAAACUUGCUACCAAACAAUAUGGCGGACUUGCUGACGUAUUCUUUAUGGACCAAUCGCGUGCAACGUUUAACGUCUGCGGAAUGACGUCAGGAGGAUAGUAGCGGGUAUGAAAAGUGUUGUCAAAAUGUUUUUAAAAGCAGUCAUCGGAAUGCAACAGCGGUAUGAAGAUGAAUCGGAGCACAAAGUUGGUACCAGCGGGCGGUCUCCUCCUCGGCUCGAAGUCUCUCCUGCCGCACCUCCUCCAGUUCCUGAGUGGCUUCACUGACAGCACGCUGCAGUUCUUUAAUCUGUUUCUAGAAGAGAAAAGCAACUUUUUACUCAGUCCCAAAUGGGUUCCUGUUGGUUUCAGAGGGCCUGAAGGAAAAAAAGAGGGAACUGCAAUGGAUAAAAUAAUUAAAGUAAACGAGUUAUAUGCUUCCCGCGUCAUAGAUGGCUCCACCACCCUCAGAGAGGGAGACAUCGCUGUGUCCAGUGGAAGCCGCUCCAAGAUCUGCUUCGCCCGGAGCUGCCUCUGGUCCAAAUCUGUGGAUGGACACGUCUAUGUUGCCUAUACACUCUCACCUGAAUACUCUGACAUUGAGACAAAGCUGAUAAAGGAGGGAAUGGACAACAUAGAGGACAGCACCUGCAUCCGUUUCGUUCCUCGGACUCACCAGAGAGACUACAUCGACAUCCAGCCAAAGUCAGGGUGUUGGUCCUACCUUGGCUCUCGUGGUGGAAAACAGACCCUGUCUCUCCAGAAUCCAGACUGUAUGGAGAUCGGAGUGAUUUCCCAUGAAUUUAUGCAUACUCUAGGCUUUGUGCAUGAGCAGUCGCGCUUUGACCGGGACAACUAUGUCACCAUCAUGUGGCCGAACAUUUGGAGGGAUCGGUUAAGAAACUUUGAGAAGUUUAAGACCGAUAGUUUGGACCUGCCAUAUGACUUCAGCUCAAUUAUGCACUUUGGGAUGUAUGCCUAUUCGAUGGGCGGAGAACCAACUAUCGUCCCAAAGAACGGCAGGAACGUCAAGUUCGGACAGGCAUCGUCUCUCAGUCACGUUGACAAGCUGAAAAUCAACAGACUUUAUCAGUGCGCUGUGAAUGAUGAUUAGUACCCGAACCGAGCCGAGGUGAAGCCGGACUCCUCUGAAAGCAAAUAUGAUACAUUGCUGCUGAAAUUCCUGCAGGAAUAUCUUAAUACAAUCGCCUAAUAAAGCUUUAUUUGACCGGUUAUUCUGUGUAGCUGAACUUGUAUUUGAUAAAAUGAGACUUUCUAUUUAAUGGUUUAUUAGACAGAAUUGGCAUAAGCCUUUGAUGUUGUACAGUGAAAGAUGAGUUGAACUUUACUGACCUGUUUUAUGUAGUCUUUUAAUUCCCCUGCUCACUUACUGCAAUAAAGAUGUUUAUGAAUCACAAAAA